GAAACUGUCUUUGAGUCGAUGUCCAAUGAAUAUGUUUCAUCUUUGGAAGCUGAGCAAUCAACUGUUACUUUAGGAGUGGCUCGAAAUAUAAGACCGAGAACCAAUGAUGAGAAUAGGAUGCAAAUGGAAGGUUUUCAAAGUGCUAUGCAAGUGGAAGAAGGUAUAACAAGAAGCGAACAAGUGUCAAGUGAUAUUACACAUUUUGACUGGAAAGAGUUUCUUUGCAAGUCUGCGUUAUUACCGGAAGAAUUUGCCUCUCGUCAUGCUUCGAGAUUUUUACGCAUAUUUGGAGAUAAUCCUCAAGUGAUUCGAAGAAAGUCACUAGAGUUGAUGGGUAUACCAGAACAAUAUAUUCAACAAAUUCUAAUUGCAACGAUGUUACUGGAAGAAAACACAGAAAUGAAAGAAUAAUUAGCUGCUUUCAAAUUUGUGUUAUUUACGGACAUUCUUUUUAGAACAAUAAUGGAAAGUUGGCUAGUAAGUGGAUAGAGAGAGUGCUUUAUGCUUUCAUUCUAAUUGAAGCUUACAACAGCAGCAAAGCUUAACUCUGACUUGUGAGCUUUUCUCUUUGUUUUCAGGAAAAUGAGGAAUAAAACUAUGUUUUUUGGGUUGAAGAAACUCUGGUUAUUUUAACGAACUAAAACGAAAAAACUCAAUCUUCGAAAUCAUUGUUGUUUCUUUGGUUGGCAUUGUAAAGGCACAGCCUGUCAAUAAUGCAUUUCUAAUUGGAUUGUUAUGAGAAGGAUCGCUAUGUAUUGUCUCCUUUCACUGGAGAUAUAUUAUUUUAAGUGACUAGUGAGUUUUAUGAAAGAAAAUAUUCCACUUGGAGAUAUGUAAAAAGUUUCUGGAACAAUAUGUGUGCUAGAUACAAUCAAUCUCACAUCUCAGUAUUGUUGUGAAACGAGAAGAACAGUGUCGUAACAAAGGUCCUCUCAACUCCCUAGCGACACUGUAGCCUUUUAACAGAGUUGAGUUUGAUCAAUCUUGUCUCUGCAAGGUAAAUUUCAAACUACUUGUGACCCUAUUUUGAUAACAAAUCAAGAACGGUUUUGCUACAACUAGUUUUUGACUCUUU